AUGAGGCUUUGCAACAGCCAGGCUGAAGGGAAGCUGUUGAGGAUGAGCUUUGAGCAAUAUGGGCCAGAUGGUGAGAAACUGGUUUGUCAGCUUAGAAAGGCCAUUUAUGGGUUCAAGAAGGCUCGUAGAUCCUGCUUGCUACUGAUGGUCUAUGUGGAUGAUAUUAUCAUCACUGGGAGUGUUGCUAGUGAGGUUAAUGAAGUGGUUAAGCAGAUUAAUGAUGUUUUUCGGUUGAAAGAUUUGAGGCAGGUUGAACUUUUUCUUGGUAUGGAGAUCAGUCAAGACUCCACUGGGUUGUCUACUUCUAAUCUAACCCUUACACCCAUGGUCAUUACUCCAAAGUUAAAAGCGAAUGAUGGUAGUAUUGUUGGAGGGCUGCAGUAUGUCACCUUGAGUAGACCAGAUAUUGCCUAUGCCAUCAAUAAGGUCAGCCAGUACAUGAACAAUCCCUGUGAAGUUCAUUGGAAAGCUGUCAAACGCAUACUCUGCUAUCUGUGUGGUACGAUUGAUCAUGGUUUGUACUAUCAGUCAUCUAAGUCCGCUGAUCUUGUUUGCUAUGUGGAUGCUAACUGGGCAGCAUCGGUUGAGGAUCUUCACUUUUCGUCAGGGUUCUGUAUUUACUUUGGGGGAAUCCUAGUGUUCAAAAAAGAAGUUCGUGGUGUCUCGAUCCACACCGGAGGCUGA